AUGUGGAGAGCAUUUUUGCUGCUGUCGGCCGCCUUCUGGGAGCCCGUCGCCGGACUUUAUUUUCUCUCGAAAAGCGAUUCGAUUUGCCGCGACGAAAGUUUUCUGUUCUACUGGCGCGCCAACGAUUGCAAACUGCCCAAAGACGUCAAUCCGUACGACAUCAGCAACGAUUGUUACGUCCGUGCUCAGGUACUUUCUGGCUGUCAUGCGCGUUUAAAAGCACGGUAACCUUGCAGACGUGGUUCAGCGUCCUCGCGAUCAUUCUCGCGAUAUUCUGGGUGGCGCAACUGCUGCCGGCCAUCGUCAAUUUCAUUGAGGGAAUCGAGAGAAGGACAGAGUGCUGUGCGGAUAAAACAAAGAAGUAG